AGGUCCAAGCCAACAUGCUUUUAUUUUAUCAUUAGUCAUUAAACACUUUUUUACUUUUGAUUCUACAAAUUCCCCAAAGGUGUAAUGAUACACAUAAAGAAGAAGAGAGAAUUGUCCAGUUGUGAGCUAAGCAGUAACUACAGCAUUCACAGCAGAACAGGUGCAUGGCACAUUAAACCCCUCCCUCCCUUUUACAUCAUGGAAAGAAACUAAGGAGUGGCACCCGAAUGUAGAUGUGGAGCUUCACUUCUUGCUUUGUGUUUCAUUUACUGAGGACUCAGCCAUGGGGGAUUCUUCUCCUAGAGAAGAGGACUUUCUGGAAACUCAGGAUCCUUUCAGACAGAAUGCUUUUAAGCUCAUCUCUAAAAUGAUUGAGCUGACUAAAGAAGCUCCUGGUGAUACCACACAUUUACUGGAUGAGAUGUUUCACAGCAUUUUCUUUGUGGGGAAAGUCAACGAGCCGCCAUUUUCUCCAGAAAGCAUCCUGAUGGAUGACGACUUGUUAAGGGAUUUGAGGCCGUUGUUCCCUCGGGCCUUUGAACUCUUCUCCUCUCACCUACCCAGACGGAGUCCAUUUUCAUGUGUGCUGGACAUGAUUGUCCACCUGAAUGGACCAAAAAAUGAAAGAGAAAUACUCCGUGCCCUACGAAGUCUCAUCAUUGACCUGAACCUCGGUUACUCAAGGGAUCUGAUCUCCUCCACCAUCUGUGUCUCGCACAGAACCGACAUCGAAGAUCCAGACAAGUUCUACGGAGUCUCCAUGGCCGUUCCUGGUCGUAGUCCUCGGCAACGCAUCAUCUCUGCGUCCUGUCUCUACUACUGGGACGAGUGUGUAGCUGGUGCAGUGCUGACCUACUAUCCAGACAAUAAAAUGAAACCAGAUUAUGAUGGAACCAUCCAGCUUCCACAGGGGGUCAGGUGCCAGGCGUUUAGCCUCAGCAAGGAAGAAGAAACUCCUCCGUGCAAGUUAUGUAGGGAUUUGUUUGGUUUGACAAGUGACUCUGAAGAGGGGAAGCUCUACGGCAACUGUGCAGAGGCUGAAAGUUUGAGCAAAUUGUUCAAAAAUGACCCUGAAAUCAAAAAGCAAGUACAACUCAAAUCUGGCAAUAACUUAGACGGCAGGGUUAAAUAUGAAAAGAAAACGAGGAAAAGACUUUUUGAUUUCCUAAUAGAGAAGGACUGUGACUGCGCUUUCUACCCAUUCAGAAAAAUGAAGGCUGAAGAUCGUAUUGAUGAGUAGGCUGACAAUUCCUUGCUUCUUGGUUAUGAUUACAGGGAGAUACGAUGAUGUAAUCAUUUACUUGGGAGCUGGUGGUUUAAACGCUUGUUGUUAGUGAUUCAGCUACUUACUAAUGAUAAAGAUAUGAUUCAUGGCUGCCAGCUGUCUGAAUGCAAAGCAGGCAGAAGAUAUAAAGAGUUGAUGCAUUGAUCAUGUCAGUCACAAUAAAAUCAUAAAGAUUGAUGAUUUGUUUUGGUUUCAUUUACUGCAACUUCAUCAGAAGAAGUGAUUCUU